GGAUGGGAAAUAAAUAACGCGUUAUAGAUGGUAUUUAAGCACUGGCUAGCGUGAGCUAGCUCGCUAACAGCUAAAUAUCAACGAAGAGCGACAUAACUUGACAAAUCCAACAUUAAUAAUGGAUUAAAUACGCGGAUAACUUCAUGAUUUGAGGAAUUUUUUCCACAACUACAAGUUCAACCCUUAACAUAACCAGGUUGUUGUAAGUACAGCAUUGUCUGAACACAUAUGUCCUGGAGUGCGCUUGUAGCCAUGAAGAGUUUGACGCGUACCAAUCCGCCGUGUCCUGAUCUGCUCAAACCGGCCUCUGGCGCCGCCCUGCAGGUUCACCUGUACUACUGCAGCCAGAGCACGAGCCCCUCCACUCUCAGUUACCCGCCUGGAGAUUACAUAGCGGAGGAGCUGUGCAUCAAAGCUGCCAAAGAGUGCGGUGUCAGCCCUGUUUACUUCAGUCUGUUUGGCCUGAUGAGAGAGAGCGAUCGCUUGUGGUAUCCACCCAAUCACGUCUUCAAAGUGGACGAGUCCACCAAUGAGAAGCUCCUGUUCAGGAUAAGGUUUUAUUUCCCCGGCUGGUACGGGAGAGGAUCAAGCCACGCCCAUCGCUACGGCGUCACCAAGAGCUCCGAGGCUCCUGUGUUUGAUGACGUCACCACGGCAUAUCUGUUCGCCCAGUGGAGGACUGAUUUUGUGGAUGGUUCGGUUAGUAUCCCCGUUACCCAUGAUGCUCAGGAGGAAUGUCUCGGCCUGGCCGUGCUGGACAUGAUGAGGAUCGCUAAAGAGAAAGGCCGCGCGCCCAUCGAAAUUUACCAUGACAACAGCUAUAAGAGUUUCCUGCCCAAGGCCAUCCGCGCUCACAUCCAGCGGUACCACAUCGUGACGAGGAAGCGGAUCCGUUAUCGGUUCCGUCGGUUUGUGGAGCGUCUGCGGCGCUGCAGAGCGCCCGUCACCGAGCUCAUGCUGAAGUACGUGGCCAGUUUAGAGGUUCUGCAGCCCGCGUUCUACACCGAACGCUUCUACGUCUCACAGCCCAUCGUCGGCAUGGUAACCAUCGUCGUCACUGGCAAACAUGGCAUCCAGUGGACCAAGGGGAAAGACAAUGGAGACGGACAGGAUCUGCAGGUGUACUGUGAUUUCCCUGAUGUUAUUGAUAUCAGCAUUAAACAGGCGAGCAAAGACGGUUCUGUCGAGAGUCGCAUCGUCACCAUCAACAGACAGGACAGCCAGACACUGGAGUUGGAGUUCUCGUCUCUGUCCGAGGCGUUGUCCUUCGUCUCCCUGAUCGACGGCUACUACAGACUCACCACGGAUGCUCAUCAUUACCUGUGCAAAGAGGUGGCGCCCCCUAGACUGCUGGAGGCCAUUCAGUGUAACUGCCACGGCCCUGUCUCGAUGGAGUUUGCCAUUAGCCGUCUCCGUCGCUGUGACAACGCUAAAGGCAUGUACAUCCUGCGCUGCAGCCCUAAAGACUACGACAAGUACUUCCUGUCCUUCGUGGUUGGGUACGACGGUGUGUUUGAGUAUAAGCACUGUCAGAUCGUGCGCAAUCUAGAGGGUGAGUUUGUGCUGAGUGGAGCGAAGUGUGUGUUCAGCAGUCUGAGUGAGCUCCUGCACCGCUACCAGAAGGAAGCGCUGCGCUCCGAGGGUCACAUCUUCCAGUUCACCAAGUGCUGCCCUCCUAGGAACAAAGAUAAAUCGAACUUGUUAAUCUGCAGGAGUGAUCAGGUCUCAGAUGUUCCACUCUCUCCAUCACCCCUCAAACACACUCAGAUGGUCUUCCACAAAAUCCACAGAGAGGACUUGCAAAUGAUGGAGAGUUUGGGACAGGGGACGUUCACGCAGGUGUUCCGCGGAAUCAGGAGGGAGCUUGGAGAUUAUGGGGUGCAUGAGAUGGAAGUGGUGAUGAAGGUGCUGGACAAGAGCCACCGCAACUACACUGAGUCCUUCUUUGAAGCAGCCAGUAUGAUGAGUCAGAUUUCCCAUAAGCACUUGCUGCUGAAUUACGGGAUCUGUGUGUGCACAGAGGAGCACAUCAUGGUUCAGGAGUUUGUGCGCUUUGGUUCCUUGGACACAUACCUGAAGAGGAACCGCAGCUCCAUCAACAUCACCUGGAAGCUGGAGGUGGCCAAGCAGCUGGCCUGGGCCAUGCAUUACCUGGAGGAUAAGAGCCUGAUCCAUGGGAAUGUGUGUGCUAAAAACAUUCUGCUCGCUAGAGAGGAAGACAGAAAGACACACACUCCACCUUUCAUCAAACUGAGUGACCCGGGAAUCAGCGUCUCAGUUCAGCCCAGAGAGAUUCUGAUCGAGCGCAUCCCCUGGGUUCCCCCGGAGUGUGUAGAGGAUCAGAGGAACCUGAGCUUAGCCACGGACAAGUGGAGCUUCGGCACCACGCUGUGGGAGAUUUACACCGGAGGAGAGAAACCACUCAGCUCCUACGACUCCUCCAAGAAGCUGUUGUUCUAUGAGGACAGACAUCAGCUCACUGCACCCAAAUGGACAGAACUGGCCACUCUGAUUAACAACUGUAUGGAUUACGAACCGUUCCAGCGUCCAUCGUUCAGAUCCGUCAUCCGAGACCUGAACAGCCUCUUCACCCCCGAUUACGAGUUGUUGGUAGAGAACGAUGUUCUCCCCCUCAGGAACCGCGGGUUCGGGUUCUCCGGAGCAUUUGACAGCCAGGAGCCGACGCAGUUCGAGGCGCGACACCUGAUCUUCCUGCAGCAGCUCGGAAAGGGGAACUUUGGCAGUGUGGAGAAGUGUCGUUAUGACCCGCUGCAGGAUAACACCGGCGAGGUCGUAGCGGUGAAGAAGCUGCAGCACAGCACCGCCGAACACCUGCGCGACUUCGAGAGAGAGAUCGAGAUCCUCAAAUCACUACAGCACGAGAACAUCGUCAAAUACAAAGGAGUGUGUUACACUGCAGGUCGUAAAAACCUGCGCUUGGUGAUGGAGUACCUUCCGUUCGGCAGUCUGAGGGAAUACCUCGCUAAAAACAAAGAGCGCUUCGAUCACAAGAAACUGCUGCACUACGCUUCACAGAUCUGCAAAGGGAUGGAUUAUCUGGGUUCUAAGCGUUACAUCCACAGAGACUUGGCCACGCGGAACAUUCUGGUGGAAAGUGAAAUGCGUGUGAAGAUCGGAGACUUCGGCCUGACCAAGGUUCUUCCUCAGGAUAAAGACUACUACACGGUGAAGGAGCCUGGAGAGAGUCCCAUAUUCUGGUACGCUCCUGAGUCUCUAAUGGAGAGUAAGUUCUCAGUGGCGUCAGAUGUUUGGAGUUUUGGAGUCGUUCUGUAUGAACUGUUCACCUACAGUGACAAGAACUGCAGCCCUCCUGCUGUGUUUAUGGAGAGGAUGGGUCUUGAUAAACAGGGACAGAUGAUCGUUUAUCACCUGAUCAGUCUGCUUAAAGGCAGCUACAGACUUCCUGCUCCUCAGGGCUGCCCUGCUGAGGUUCAUUGUGUGAUGAAGGAAUGCUGGGCGGCUGAUCCAAGCGAGAGGCCGUCGUUCCGCUCUCUUGGUCGCACCGUCGACUCCAUCAGAGAGAGUAAAGAGGAAUGAACACACUGCAGGGGGCGCCACUGACGUAAUCUCUCUGAGAGAGCGAGAGAGAGAGAGAGAGAGAGAGAGAGAGAGAGAGAGGGAGUGGGGGGACUGAGAGAGGAAUGCUCAGUACACUUGAGUGUUAUUAGGAUGCAGCCUUUAUCCGAGUCACUCCAUUGCUCCUGUUUCAUCGAACACAAAUUUGCAUUGUGUCUGUUACUUCAGCGGUUGCUAUGACGACAUGCAGUUGAGGAUUCAAUGUGUAAAAACAAUUCACUGAUUUUUUUUUUUAAAGUGUGUAUACUUUAUACUCAGGGUGUGUGUGUGUGUGUGUGUGUGUGUGAGUGUGAAACAGGUUUCAUUCAUCAAAACCCAUCUGUCAGUGUUCAUCAGCCGGAGCGUUAAUAGCAGCUGCGAAGAAUUUUACGUUACUUUUUUUUUUUUUUUUUUUAAUGUCCAAGUUGCAGCUUUACACUACACCAUUUUAUUACACUCUAUAACAAGGAAGCAGUGUGUGUUUGUUGGUCUGGAAAGUGUGCAUAAGAUUUUAUUUCAUUUUACGAAAGACUCAUGACUCAGUGACUCACUGACUCGACUCUGACUUGUACUUGUGUGAGAGUCAAUUGAUUUGACUCAGUUCACCAAUAAGAAUCGACUCUUUCGGCUCCCGUUUGCGAUGUUUUGACUUGUAAUUGUUCUUCUUAUAGCUGAAAAUCUUCUCUAUAGUAACGAACAACCGAAGGAGUCGACUCGUACUCGAGUCUGACUCGAGACUGAAGACUCCUGAACAAAGUUCUGUGUGUGAGAAAAUGCAGCAAAUAACGGAUCAGAUUUCUAACACGAUUCAUAAUGUGGUGUUUUAAUUCUCCAAUUUUCUGAUGCUGUUCUUUUUAUACUCCAAUUCAAGCCUAUUAGUGUAUUCUGCAUUUCAGUCGCCAUCAUCAGAGCCAGGUUUGCCUUUUUUUAAACGGCGUGACGACGUCGUUUUCUACACCGAGUCAUAAAUCACAGCGAGACAAGCAGGCCAAGAAAAACUAAACCAUAAAACUUUCCUUCUUUGACUGAACCUUUUUUGAUAAAGUGGAAUGUGUGUACUUUUUUACACAGCUGUGUGAAUGUAAAUGUUAUGCGUUGUGU